AUGGCCGCCUGGGACCCUAAAUUUGGAAGACUGUAUGUCUGCCUCGAAAAUUUCCAGAUUAUUUGGUCCGAAAGCUCAUCUGAUGGCACAGUACAGGGAGCCACGGCCACCGUCGUGCUACAGCCCAAUCCCACAGACCACCCCAAUGACCCGCUGACGUGGUCCAAACUGCGCAAAGCCACUAACCUCGCUCUCGUAAACUUCUAUGCCUUCGGGUUAUCUGCGCGACGUGCAUGUCGGUCGCGUUGACGUUGACGAUGAUAUGUUGGGGGAGGGCGGCGCGGCGGAGGACGGCGGACUCGUAUCGGCGUCUCGCAAUGCUGAAGCCGGGGAAUCGGCUCUGAUUGCACCUGAGGAUGGAGCUGGUGGCUAUGGUGGUAUGACACCUAAUUUAGCUACCCUAUGCGGUUGCUU